AUGGAUGAAAAACUGAGGGACGAAGGCCCCCAGAAGCCGAUGAAAGUGGCAAAGUGUCGGAUUGCAAAGUAAAUACGGUUCGCUCAGAAGCCUCGGGGAGGGGAGCCCGAGUUGGCCACAGGCCACGCCAACCCAUUAGGUUCGGCUUCUUCGGCUGUUUGUUUUUGGCUCGGCACAGCGACACUUAUAGCGAUUUGCUCGACGAUGCGGCAAAUCCCCACAAACUUCCGAUUGAUCCCUACCCAAGUGAUCAUCACUCGUUUUUGA